GACAUGUGCCGUCAAUUUCUCAAUGGAAGCUACUGCUCUUUUGAAGAUGGAAAUUGUGGAUGGCAGUCAGUUUCAACAAAAGGACCCAAAUGGAGUGUCCUGAAUUCACAGCCAGGGGGUCCUUCAUCCAGCUGUUCAUCCUCAGGAGCCGUAAUGGCUGUGGAUGGAAGUCAGUCGAAAGGACAGCAAGGAGCUGCAUUGUUGAGGAGCCCACUAUUCCCACCCCCGCUCAGGAACGCCCCCUGCGUGGUGCGGUUCUGGCUGUGCUCUGGAGGCCAGCACCGGGGGGCGCUGUCUCUGUGGGUGAAGGAGAACGGCACAGGGCCAGAAACACUGCGCAAACUGUGGCACUCGGGCAGUGAAGCCAGGAGUGGACCGAGCUGGAAACUCAUCACCCUCCCUUUAUACAGCCUGGCAGACUGGUUCUAUCUGCAGUUCAGCGCUGAUGGAGUGUUUGGUUGGGGUUCAGGCUUCACACUGGACAAUGUCUCUCUCAGCCUGGACUGUUUUCUGGCAUCCAAUGGGGAGUUCCCACCUGUGGUUACCACCAAGAGCAGCACUGAUCUGACAACCCGGAACAUCAGCAUAACCACUUCAGCCCAGAAUCAUCUGAUUGACAUGACCCCGGAGCCACCAGAUUAUUCCAUAAAAUGGACAUUUGACACCUGUGGGGCUGCUGGUCCCAUUGGUCCCUAUCCCACACAGUGCAGCAACUCCUACCUCAACAGUAACGUCAAUGUCACCGUGGGAACCAAGGGGGCAUUGAAGGGAAUACAGAUGUGGAGGGUCCCUGAGACAGGGACCUACAGGAUCACAGGUUAUGGAGCAGCCGGGGGUCGCAGUGUGGUGACUACUACCAGAUCACAUGGUGUCUACGUGAUGGGAGAUUUCCCACUCCAGAAGGACGAGCUGCUCUACAUCCUGGUGGGACAGCAAGGAGAGGAUGCCUGCCCCAAUUCUGACCCCAUUCUCAACAAAAUCUGCGUGGAACAGACUGCACUGCCCGAUAACAAAACUCAGAUGAAGGCCGGCGGAGGUGGUGGAGGGGGCGGGGCAACCUACGUCUUCAAGAUGGAGAAAGGAGUCUAUGUGCCUCUGCUCAUUGCGGCCGGUGGUGGGGGACGCGGCUACAGCAGCCAAUCGGAGAGCCAGAUUGAGAUUUUGGACAGAAACCCCCUUGUGCCAGGGCGGAACGGGAAGUCGGGGGCUGCAGGUGGAGGUGGCGGAUGGAAUGACAGUGUACCAGUGGCUCAAGGAGGCAGACCUCUGUUGCUGGGCGGCCAGGGGGGGCAGCCCUGUCCUUUCGGCUGGCCAACUAGAGGGGGUUUUGGUGGUGGGGGAGGAGCCUGCUCCUCAGGUGGAGGAGGGGGGGGAUACAGAGGCGGCAGCACCCCUGUGGAAAAUGACCCCAGGCAAGAUGGGGAGGAUGGGUCUUCCUUCAUCAGUCCAGUUGGUGAGACCUUCAUUGAGCCCCUGAAAGGCAUGGAGAGUCAUGGUGAGGUCAUCAUCGCCCCUGUGCAGAACUGCAGUCAUUGUGAGUCGGGGGAGUGCCGUGAGACCUACGAGGGGGCCGUCUGCUUCUGCGAGGAGGACCUCGUCCUGGAUCAGGAUGGCGUGUCUUGCAUCAACAUCACGGAGGGGCUCCAAAUGCUCCCCCACCCCCCCCAGCCUCCCCUCUCCAAGCUGGCCCUGGGACUGUCCGUGGGCACGUCAGCUCUCAUCGCUGCCCUACUACUGGCUGUGUCAGGGGUCAUGAUCAUGUACAGACGCAAGCACACAGAGCUGCAGUCUAUCCAGUUGGAGCUUCAGAGUCCGGACUGCAAGCUGAGCAAGCUGAGGGCCUCCACCAUCAUGACCGACUACAACCCCAACUACUGCUUCGCUGGCAAGACAGCCUCUGUCAACGACCUGAAGGAGGUGCCCCGGCGGAACAUUUCCCUCAUCAGGGGCUUGGGUCAUGGUGCAUUUGGAGAAGUGUAUGAGGGCCUUGCUGUUGGGAUACCAGGAGAACCCAGCCCCAUGCAGGUAGCAGUCAAGACUCUACCAGAAGUGUGCUCUGAGCAGGAUGAGCUGGACUUCCUAAUGGAAGCUCUUAUCAUCAGUAAGUUUAGCCACCAGAACAUUGUACGCUGUAUAGGAGUAAGCCUUCAGGCCUUGCCACGUUUCAUUCUGCUGGAACUGAUGGCAGGAGGGGAUCUCAAGAGCUUCUUGAGGGAGAUGCGACCCAGACUGGAGCAGCCGUCCAGUCUCUCCAUGGUGGAUCUGUUGAAUGUGGCGCGGGACAUUGCGCGUGGCUGCCAGUAUUUGGAGGAAAACCAGUUCAUUCACAGAGAUAUCGCUGCCAGGAAUUGUCUGCUGACCUGCAAAGGACCAGGCAGAGUGGCCAAAAUCGGAGACUUUGGAAUGGCCAGAGACAUAUACAGGGCCAGUUACUACAGAAAGGGUGGCCGUGCUAUGCUGCCAGUGAAAUGGAUGCCCCCAGAAGCCUUCAUGGAGGGAAUCUUCACCUCCAAAACUGACACCUGGUCAUUUGGGGUGCUGCUCUGGGAAAUCUUCUCUCUGGGUUACAUGCCCUAUCCCAGUCGCAGCAACCAGGAAGUUCUGGAGUUUGUGACCAAUGGAGGCAGGAUGGACCCUCCCAAAAACUGCCCAGGACCAGUGUAUCGGAUAAUGACACAGAGCUGGCAGCACCAGCCAGAGGACAGACCCAAUUUCUCUACAAUUCUUGAGAGGAUUGACUACUGCUUACAGGACCCUGAUGUGGUGACGGUACCCCUCCCGGUAGAGUAUGGACCUGUCCCGGAGGAGGAGGAGCGGGUGCCCAUGCGUCCCGAAGACCCCACUGCCCCCUCCUUGCUGGUGUCUUCCCAAGGGCAAGAGGAAGCCGCCCAGCCUCAGGAGGGCAAGAAGGAAGGGGAGGCUCCUCUUCAGAUCAGCCACGGCUCUCAGCCUCAGUCCGUGUCCCUGCCUGUGGUGCAGCCACACCCACCGUCUCAGCCACACCCGCAUCCUCCACAACCCCUGGCUCCCACCAAGGCCCCUUCCGCCCAGCCCGCCGCAGAGGGAGGCCACGUCAACCUGGCCUUCACCCAGAGCCAGCCGCUUGAGAAGGAGAGCCGCAACGGGAAGCCCACAAACCUGUGGAACCCCACCUACGGCUCCUGGUUCCUGCAGCAGAAGAGGCAGCAGCAGCAGCAGCAGCAGAGGCAGGCUGCGGGCCGGGUCCCGGGCGAGGGGCAGGAGAAUGUAGGCCGGACUGUGGGGGAGGCGGCCGGGGCUGUCAGCCUGCAGCACCAGCACAAGCAGUUCCAGCAGCAGCAGCAGCAGCUGCUCCACCAACAGCAGCAGCAAGGCCUGUGUCGACCCCUCCUUCCCCCUCCACCUCCACCCGGACCCGCCGCCCCGCUCCUGCUGGAUUCCGCCGCCCUCCCCCCUGUCCCCCUCUUCAGACUGCGCCGCUUCCCUUGCGGAAACAUUGGCUACGGAUACCAGGAACAGGGCCUGCCCCUGGAGUCGCCCGCCACACCGCCUCCGCCCCCGCCCCCGCCUCCUCCCGCCCCCCAGCGGCCCCUCUCGCUCGGCCGGGCAGGCCUCUCUGAGGACAGCCGCCCGCUGCUCGUCACUAUGGGAACAGCCUCUCUGCAGGAAAGCAGGCUGCCGAAGAUGGAGGGGCACAACGCCACUGUGCUUUAA